CUGAAGGCUACGUUGCAGCCUGCUCUCCGUGUCACACGCUUUCAACAGGUUGCGGUGGAGUUUCGCUCUGCGUUUCCUCCGCCAUUUGCACCUGCCGGUCCGGUAAUUUGGACAUAGCGGAUCAAGGCAAUCCCACCAACUCACACUUGUUGGAAUUUUCGGUCCUGUUUGAAAUGAACUGUUUUCGGAAUCUGUGCCGCACACUAGAGGAAGUAUUUUCGACCACGCCACAGACGGAAGAAGAGUUGGAUUAUGCCUCUGCUACACUGAUCCUUGCUGGAAUAAUCCAAAUUUACUCCCGCUCUCCUCUUUAUGCGUCACACCGCGCACGGUUGGAGUCUUUUCCGGAUCAACAGGCCUCACCCACUGAAUCCACACAGUCCGCUUCCGUUCCACCUUCAGCACUCUACCAACGUGCCCAAGCGAUUGUGCGCCAUCCAUCUCCGAACGAAUUAGCCUCAGCUGGGUUCUUCCAUACUGGAUCAGGUGAUGAAACUGUCUGUCCAGCUUGUGGUCUUGGGUUAAGAGAUUGGCAACCUACUGAUCAACCUGAGGCCUGCCAUCUGGCCUUUUCGGUUGCAGAACUCAGUCUGGCCACUGAAGAUGGGUCUGUCGUGCAACCUGUUCCAUCCCUACCUUGCCUAUAUCUUGCGGUCCGCCGUCUAUUGGCAUCCGAACUCCCUUUGGCUCGAAAAUCUCUGGCGCCUGCGGGAUUCGUCCAGUCCAUAUGCACACUCCCUGGGGUAAUCAGUCCACCAACUGUUCGUUCUGCCGAAGAUCGAUUUCACGAAGCGGUUCCAGGGUUCGCUUCACUAGCCGAUCGUCUGCGAGCUAUCGCUCGGAUCAUGUCUUCACCUCCAUCACCUCAGGGCUGGCCAAUUGAAAACGCUCGAGCCCUUGGCCAUUCGGAUGACUUGAUUGUCCUAGGUCUGUGGCGGCUACAAACAGAGUCGGUCAGUUGGGGAUUGGCAUGUCCCUCAAAUGCCGCGUUACGCUUAGACCCACAGGCUACCGCUGACUUACUUCGUUCGAUCCUGCGUCUUCAGGAAAGUUUUGCUGCAAGUCUUAGACAGUACCCUAUUUUUGAACCGGGUAGCGACGACGGCGAAUUAGAUGGAGCUAUUGGUGGUGGCAGUGACACCGAUCUUACUGCUGAAGAUGCCGAAACCGCCGCACUGUCGAGAUGUCGCUAUCGACGCGUUCAACCUUCUGUGGCAACCACGCCUGAAGAUGCAACGUCUUCUCCCGUGUCUGUUGACUCUGGCGGCAUUCCGAUCAAGCGGAUUCGUUUACCACGACUGUACCAAUUUCUGUGUUGGUGGUUCAGCCGAUGGCCUACUGAAAUGGACACCGCCUCUUCCGCCACCGGACACAAAUAG